GGCUAGGGUUUUACUCUCGUAGCCGCCCGUCGUCUCCCUCCUCCCCCUUGCCUCGCCUCGCCUCCUACACCCCGAAGGCAGAAGGCUCGAGCCAUGGCCGGGAAGAAGCGCAAGUCCGCCGCCUCCGAGAAGCAGCCGAAGAGCGGCCGCCUGCCGCUCGGCGCGGACGCGGACGCGGUGGCAGACGCCGGGAAGCGACGCCGCUCGGGCGCCGCCAAGUGGCACCAGGCGGAGGAGGAGGCCUCCGUGCCCUCCUCCAUCAGCGCCAAGAUCCUCCGCGAGGCGCUCAAGCAGCAGCAGGAGGAGGGCCUCGCCGAGCCCGCUGCCGCCACCUCCCCGGCUGGCGCGUCAUCCUCCUUCGCCGUCCCCGUCGAAGCUGGCGAUGAUGAUGAUGAUGAGGACGUCGACGAGUUCGGCGGCUUCGACGCGCAGAGCGAGUACGACGGCGGCGUGGCGGAGAUCGAUGAGGAGGACGAGAAGGCGCUCGCGGCAUUCAUGUCCAAGGACACCUCGUCCAAGCGAACACUUGGUGAUAUCAUUCUUCAGAAGAUACGAGAGAAGGACGCCACGGUCUCAGCAGAAGGGCGGCCUCCUGUCAAGUUGGACGAGAGUGUUGUUGAGAUCUAUAAAGAGGUUGGCAAGCUCUUGAGCCGAUAUACUAGUGGGAAAAUUCCCCAAUCAUUCAAGCGCAUCCCAUCGUUGGUAUGCUGGGCAGAGGUGCUGCAGCUAACUGAGCUAGAGCAUUGGUCUCCUAACGCAGUAUACCAAGCAACACGGCUCUUCUCUUCAAACAUGAAUGCGAAAAAUGCCGUGCGCUUCUAUGAUGCUAUCCUGCUCCCCCGUAUUCGCAAUGACAUAAAGCAGAACAAGAGGCUUCAUUUUGCACUUUAUCAGUCUAUAAAAAAAUCCCUCUACAAGCCUGCUGCCUUUUUCAAGGGAAUUUUGCUGCCACUCUGUCAGGAAGGGAAUUGCACUCUGCGUGAAGCAGUAAUCACUGGUAGUAUUAUCCAGAAAGUCACAAUUCCACCACUCCAUGCGAGCGCUGCGUUAAUGAAACUAGCAGAUAUGGAGUACUGUGGAACCACUAGUUACUUCAUCAAACUAUUUCUAGAUAAGAAGUAUGCUUUGCCGUACCGUGUGCUUGAUGCAGUUUUUGCCCAUUUCAUGCGGUUUCUUGAUGACGAGAGGAACAUGCCUGUUAUAUGGCAUCAGUCCUUGCUUGCCUUUGUGGAAAGAUACAAGAAUGAGUUGGAGAAAAAAGACAAGGAGAAACUUGCACGCUUGUUGGAUCACCAGAAACACUAUUUGGUUACUCCAGAAAUCCGUAGGGAACUUCGGAGCGGUGCCAACAGGGGUGAAAAGGCGACCGACAUGUCGAUUUGCUCGCCUGUUUCUGUGAUCACAAAGCCAAUUGAAGAAGACAGAUGGGAUGUUCCUGAAGUACCCAUGGAGGAGGAUUAAUGGCGGCAUUGAGUUUUGGCCAAUACAGAGUAGGAUGUUUUUUUUCUAUGUAACGUGUACUCUUUUUUGGGUUCAGAAAGGCAGAGAUAAAUACACUGGUUUGUAAGAUCGACCACUAUGGAAGUUUAAUUAAAGUUUCAUUAAAGCAUAAAAUAUAAGAUUGAAAUGUGCAAAUGUACAAAAAGUGAAUUUUGUAAAUAUAUUUAGAACGUGGCAUCGUCUUGAUGACAGUAGUGUAUGCUGAAUUAGCUGAACCAAGUUACCGAAAAAGGGUGCAAAAAGUAGUGCUUGGGAAAAAGUGUUGCUGUACUACUGUCUUAAACCUUAUGAUCGCCAUUAUGUUUCACA